AUGACGGCAUCAACCUCGACACACCCCUCCUCGUCCUUGUCCUUCUACGGAACUCGUCCGUUCCACAGCUCGGCUACUGUCACGACACCGUCUACGACCUCACCCCGCGCGGCCGAUGUUGUCCCCAUACACGGCCAGGGCCCGCCGCCCAACGCGCCGGAACCGCAAACAGGCACAUCGGCCGAGAACACCAAGGAGGCGUCCACAAAGGCCACCGACCUCGUCCGCGACGCUGAAGAGCGCGCUGUCCGCAUCUCUCGGCGCAAGGCCCUCGCAGAUAAGGUGAACGGAGCGAGCAGUAGUCGGUUCUGGAAGAAUGCGAGCGUCGAAGAGGUCGGCGAGCAUCUGGAGGUACGCCUCGACACGCGGGCAGUGCGGCACCCUACGACGAAGAAGAUUAUACAAAUCCCAGCCCACAAGAAGAUGCUGGCACAUGCGCUAGCAACGGAGUGGGAUCUGCUGGCGUCGGUCCGGCAGGCGACGCAAGGCCACCGGGUGCCCUUGACGUCGCUGGUGUGCCGGGCGAUUGAUCUGGAAGACGAGAAGACGGCGGCCGCUGGCGGAGGCGCCGCACCGAUGCGAACCGCCCUGAUCGAGAACCUACUGCGCUACCUCGACACGGACAGCCUUUUGUGCUGGGCGCCGCCGGACGAGCUGGCGAGCCCGCACGGCAUCGGCGGCGCGGCGACGCGCAAUGUGGCCGGCCACGGCGAGGUGACACUGCACCAGCUGCAGGAGCGCACGGCGGAGCCCAUCCUUGCCUACAUGGCGGCACACGUGUGGCCCGGUGUGGUGGUGGAGCCGGUGCUGGGCGGCGCGGACCAAGCCAGCCUGCUGUUCCCGAAGCCGCACCCGGCCGAGACGCGCAAGGCGGUGGCGGAUUGGCUGGAGAGCCUCAACGGCUGGGACUUGGCGGGCGUGGAGCGGGCGACGCUUGCAGGCAAGAGCAUGGUGGUGGCGUCGCGGUUUGUGGCCGGCUGGUCGCAGACGGCAGUGCAUCCGGCACCUGCCAAUGCGCGCGGCAGUGCGCUCUCCGUGGAGGCAGCCUAUGCGGCCACCAACAUGGAGACGGCGUUCCAGACGGCUCAGUGGGGCGAGGUGGAGGACACGCACGACGUGGAGCAGGCAGACAUGCGGCGGCACUUUGGCAGCGUGGUGCUGCUUGUGAGCUGA